AUGAGCAAAGCCGUCUCCUCUUCCAGAGUAGUGGCCAACGACAGGGUUGGUCCAGCAACGAUUAUUUAUUCAGAGUACUCCGGCAAGAUCCUGACCGUUAUUCCCAGCAUCCUGGACGAUGGAGAUCUCUUGCUCGCCCAAUACAACGUGGUUUCCUACCGCAAGCUGGACCCCUUGGUCAUCAUGCCGGGCCUUGUCGACGCACAUGUCCACCUGAACGAACCCGGCCGGACCGAGUGGGAAGGCUUUGCAACCGGAACACAGGCUGCGGCCAGCGGAGGUGUCACCACUGUGGUGGACAUGCCACUGAAUGCCGUUCCCCCAACAACCACCAUCGAGAAUUUCUAUCUCAAGCUGGAGGCUGCCAAAGGACAGUGCUGGGUCGACACCGCUUUCUGGGGCGGGCUGGUCCCUACCAACCUUGACCAUCUGGUUCCUCUUAUCCAGGCUGGUGUCCGCGGCUUCAAGGGCUUUUUGAUGGACAGUGGUGUCAGCGAGUUCCCCAUGAUCACCCCUGAAUACAUCCUGCAGGCUCUCAAGCGCGUCAACGGGUUCUCGACAGUGCUUCUGUUCCACGCUGAGAUGGAUUCCGACUGCGACGCGUCGAUCGACGCGCACCACCAUUACGACGGACUCACCGACCACCAGGCUCAGCUGCUGGCCUCGUCGCCAACGCUGCACCCGGUGGAGCCGACCAUCGGUACCAUUUCGCAGCUCGCCAAGUCGCCCAAGAUCCAUGCCCUCUCGUUGGACGACGAGAUCACUCCCCUAGAAAAAGCCAUCGAGGACAACAGCGAGCUCGAGUCUGUCGACCCAACGUCCUACUCCUCGUUCCUUGCUUCCAGACCAGACUCUUUCGAGAUCACCGCCAUCAAAAACAUCAUCACUUGCUCCAGAAAAUAUCCUUCCACAAACGUGCAUAUAGUCCACCUUGCUACCAAAGAGGCCCUGCCAAUGAUCGAGUACGCUCAGAAAAAACUCAACUUGCCACUCACAGCAGAAACGUGUUUCCAUUAUCUCACACUCAAAGCAGAAGACAUUCCAAACGGAGCCACCCAGUUUAAGUGCUGUCCCCCAAUCCGCACGGAUGAUAACCGUAGAGAACUGUGGCACGGGCUCAAGAGGGGAAUAAUCACCUCAGUGGUGAGCGACCACUCCCCGUGCACGCCCGAGCUCAAGGGACUGGAGAGGGGAGACUUCUUUGAAGCUUGGGGAGGAAUUUCCUCGGUCGGUUUUGGCUUGCCUUUGCUCUACUCUGAGGGACAGAACUUCGGCAUCUCGUUCACAGAUAUCGCUAGAUGGUGUUGUGAAAACACGGCAAAACAGGUAGGCUUAGAACAUAGAAAGGGGUCCAUUGCACCAGGCAUGGAUGCCGACUUCGCCAUCUUCGAUCCGGAAGCACACCAUACCGUUGCCAAUGUCCGCACGUUCUUUAAAAACAAGCUCACUGCAUUCGAUGGCCGCAAGCUCCGCGGUCGUGUGGUGGAGACCGUGCUUCGUGGCCGCUCAAUAUAUGCUCUUGGCAAGGGAGUCAGCGACUUGCCGAUUGGUGAAUUGCUCCUGGAACCAAGAAUAAAUAAAUAG